AUGUCGAUUGAGGAAGGAGAAUAUGGGUUAAUACCCAUCAAUCUUAAAGAGGCUGGAGUUGUCCUAGGAGAGGAGGCACCUACUGCCAUGUUCAGGGUUGGGGUGAGCAGAGGAGGUGCCUUUGCUGGGCAUGCAUCUAAGGCUAGUGCCUCUGUUGGGAGCGCUUCAAUGGUGAGCGGACAAUUGGCCGAGGGCUUGGGUAAGCUAGGUAAUGGGUUGGGCACCCGUGUUAGUGGGGUAAAGGUGCUUCCCAGUGGAGCGACCAAUGGGGCGAGUAGGGGAGAUGCCUUUGCUAUGCACGAGGACCACCUUGGCCAAGAUGCGACACUCAAAUUAGGCGAGCAAGCUUGCCUGGGUGAGUAG